AUGGCAGAUCACGUUGAAAGCCUCACGUUCGAGCAUGCCAAGUGGACAGAUGUGGAGCGCUGGUCGGUGCUCAAAUGCACCAAGCCUGCUGACGUCAGCAGUCCACUCUUGGGGGUGCGAAAUUCGAAGGAGAACCAAUGCGGCACGUGCGGGAAGAGCGCGCAGGCGUGUACCGGACAUUUCGGGCACAUUUUCUUUGAGAUGCCGGUGUACCACCCACUGCUGCGCCCUCUGCUCGUCUCCACCCUCAACUCCUUCUGCCUUGCCUGCGGCAAAGGCUGCUCCUCCUCCUCCCUCCGCCACUCAUCCACCCAACCCCAGCUGGUUUGGGACUCUCCAUCAGGAACGAAAGGGAGAACGAGUCAGGGAGCAGUGAAGAAGCGUCAUCGGCGAGCAGCGAGAGAGGGGGAGAUGGAGGGUGUGGGAGGAGAGGGCGAGGCAGUAGGCGAUGGUGGAAAGAGGGAGAAUGGGGCGAUGGGCGAUGGGGGAGAAGGUAUGAGAAGUCAUGAGGUGGUGUCGCUUGUGGACUCUGACUCUCAGAGCGAGGAUGAGGAUGAUGAUGAUGAGGAGGAGGGUGAUGCAGUUGGGUCGACGCAGAGGCUGAUCAAGGGAGAUGAUGCAGAUGACAAUGACAAGGACAUGCCACUUGCCUUCCGCAGCAAAUGCCGAUCAGCUGGCUUCAUUGGCCCAGGUCAACGGAAGGGUCCUUCAGAGAAGGGUCAAUUGGUGGAGGGUCAAGUGGGGCAGGGUCAUCCGGAGAGGGGUGAACAGGAGAGGGGUGAGGAGGAGAAAGGGACGGGCGUUGGGGGUUCUCACGCCUCUGAGAGUGAGGAUGAUGUGGUGGAGGUGUCUGGUGGGGAGGAGGAAGGUGGGUCUAGUGAGAGUGAGACUGAGGAAGAGGAGGAGGCGGGAGGGAAGGAGCAGGAGGAGGCGGGGGAGGAUGAGGAAAAGGAGGAGGAGGAAGAGGAGAGGCGGAUGGAGGAGGAGCAGCAGAGGCUGGAAUUGCAGGCGAGGAAAUUGGAGAGGAGAAGGGUUGGGGAGAGAGGGGUGAAUGUUGGGGCGGACGGGGAGCAUGGAGGAGAUGGGGACGAGGAGGGUGAUGAGGAUGGGGGUGGGGGUGAGGAGGGAUGGGAGGAUGCGGGGGAUGCAGCUGCAGCGAGAGAGGCGGAGGAGGAGGAGAGGAGAGAGGAGGGAGCAGAGAGAGCAGGGAGGGCAGGAGAGGAGGGCGGAAGGGAGGAGGGGGCAGAGGAGGAAGAGGCGGAAGAGGAAGAAGAGGAAGAGGACGAGGAGUUAGAGAGGGACCUGCUCAAGCAUAGCAGGAUGCAGGAGUCUCUGGAGUUUGAGGCGAAAGGGGGAGUUGGGAUUGGCGGGGGAGAUGCCGUGGGUGAGGGUGAGAGAUGGGAGGCAGUGGGGGAGAAGCGGAAGGGGAAGGGGGCGGUUGGGAGGACGGGAAAAUUCAAGAGGAGACGGGGCGAGAAGGGCUACAGCGCAGGGGAAGCCGUGGAUGGGAGCAAGGAGAGGAGAAAGGGGGAUGUGGAGAAUGAGAAGAAGAAGACCUUGGAGGAUGAAUGUCGUCGCUCCUGGUACCAAGUGGUGGACGCCUGGGGCAAGGACGGCGGCACACAUACAGCAUCAGCAGCCGAUGCGACUGCCAACUGCUUUCUGUGGCUGCGUCCCUGCAGGCAGGACAAGCUGCUUCUGGGGCUCUGGGCCCUGCUGGCCCAGGAGGGCCUAGGAGGAGGAGGAGAGAUGGGGGUGGGGGGGGAGGGAGGGGAUGGGGAGAUCAAGGGCUGCCCUCCACUCGAGAUGGCGCCCUUCUGGGCUAAAAUAGUCCUACAAAAGGCGCUACAUGCCAAUGGGGGCGUGCAGGGAGGGCAGGAGAGGAAGGAUGAGGGAAUAGCAACGAGGGGCACAGACAGGACAAGUGUUGAGACGUCUCAAAAGUCAUGUACUAAAAUAGUCCUACAAAAGGCGCUACAUGCCAAUGGGGGCGGGCAGGGGGGGCAGGAGGGUAGCAUCUCGAGAGGCAAUGAGAGAACAGCAGCGAGGGGCACAGGCGUGGUGGGGGCGGUGGUGGAGGUGGGGGCAGGCCAGGGCGCGUGUGUGCCGCUGGUGAGGGCGCUGCAGGUGUGCCUCGAGUCUGGCAUUGUGGGUGCGUGGCCUGUUCCCCCACACCACCUGCGCCUGUCGGAAAAUGCUGAAGACGAGAAGCAGGAGUCCGAGGUUGACGACGAGAAGCAAGAGGACUAUCUGUCAGUGAGGCUGAGGGCGAUGGUGCGGCUGAACGCAGAGAUAGGAGCACUGGUGCAUGGCAAGGGCAAGCACCGGCGGGAGCAGUUUGGCGGCGCCGAGGGGGACGGGGGCGGCAUGGCGGUGCGGUUACAUCUGGCGUUCGGCCGGCUGAAGAAGCUGCAGGUGGAGCUGCAGCAUUACUUCGUGCGGCCACCCAACCAGUGUGGAACGGAAGGGGAGGAGGGGGGCGGCAUGGCGGUGCGGUUGCAUCUGGCGCUCUGCCGGCUGAAGAAGCUGCAGGUGGAGCUGCAGCAUUACUUCGUGCGGCCCCCCAACCAGUACCAGGCCGUUCUGCACGAGGCAGGGCUGGGCAUAGAGCAGCGCUUCAAGGGCCACAGCACCUCCUCCUCUGCGCGCUCAAAGGGGUUCAUUCGCGAUGCCAUCCUCGGCAAGCGCUCCGACUCCUCCGCUCGAGCCGUCAUCGCUCCCGACCCCUCCCUGGCUCUGCAUGAAAUCGGUGUCCCUGACUCCAUCGCUGCUGGUCUCUUCGUCCAGGAGCCUGUGUCUCAUCUCAACCUCGACUUCCUGCAAGCCUGUGUGGACGCAGGGCCAUGCCCGCUGCCCCUCCCACCGCCUCUGGACACCGGAGGAGAAGGGGACGCCUGUGGUGGUGGCAGCGGUGGUGCUGCUGCUGGUUGGGCUUCUGGUGCGGGUGGGGAUGGAGGUGCGCCUGCUGCUGCUAAUGCAGGUUGGGGUGCUGGCGGUGCUGCUGAUUCAGGCUGGGGUGGUGGUGCUACUGCUGGUGCAGGUUGGGGUGCUGGUGGGGGUGGUGGAGAUGGGGGUGCGGCUGCUGCAACUAACACUGGUGGCUGGGGUGCUGCUGCUGCUGCUGCUGAUGGUGAUGGUGCAGGCUGGGGUGCUGCUGGUGGUGAUGGUGCGGCUGGUGGGGGUGGUUGGGGUGCUGAUGCUUCUGCUGGUGAGGGUGAAGGAGGUGCAUGGGGCACGGAUGCUCCUGCUGCUGCUGCUGCUGCUGCUGCUGCUGCUGUUCCUGCUGGAAGGGAUGGUGAUGCUGCUGCUGCGGGUGGUGGGGGAGGGUGGGGAGCUGAUGCUUCUGCUCGAGGAGAUGGGGGUGCAUGGGGCACGGAUGCUCCUGCUGCUGCUGGGAGGGGUGGUGAUGCUGCUGCUGCUGAAAGGGGUGGUGCUGGUGGGAGUGGGUGGGGGGCUGAUGCUGCUGCUGGUGGGGGUGAGGGUGGUGCAUGGGGCACGGAUGUUGCAACUGCUGGUGGGACGGGUGGCGAUGCUGCUGCUGCAGGUGGUACUGGUGGGGGUGGGUCAGGUUCCGAUGCUUUCGCUGGUGCAGGAGAUGGGGGUGCAUGGGGCACGGAUGGUGCUACUCUUGAUGGGAGGGGUUGUGGUGGUGGUGCCGCUGCUGCUGGUACUAGUGGGGAUGGGUGGAGUGCUGAGGAGGAGAAGAAAGAAGGUGAGAAGAACGAGGGGGAGAAGAGUGAGGAGAGGGGAGACGGAGCAGGGCAAGGGGGGUGGGGAGAAGGGGUGAAUGAAGAGGAGAAGAAGGGGGAGGAGGGUGGAGCGAGGCAAGGUGGAUGGGGAGAUGGGGAAGAGAAGGAGGAUGAGGACAAGGCAGAGGCGGCAGAACAAGGGGUAUGGGAAGAAAGGGAGCAGGGGGAGGCAGAUGCAAGGAAGCCUGGAGAUGAGGCAGUGAAUGGAUGGGGUGGUGGGGCUUGGGGCACAGCGCCGGCUGCUGCCACUGCAGCAGGAGGUAAUACCUGGGGGGCCACAGCACCCAACGAUCCAGCCUUUCCUCCUGCACCGUCCCCUUCGCCCGAUCGCCGCCCUCCCCGCCCACCCAACCACGUCCUGCCACCUGUCGGUGCGUUCAGCGUGCUCAUUGGCUCCGAGCCUCCUGGAGGAAUCACAGGAGGAGCAUCAGCCAAUGGCGGCACGCCAGAGUGGACCAAGGUGACUCUGAGCCGAUGGGUGGAUCGAGGCUUGAGCCUGCAGGUGGGAACUGGGCCAGGCUCAGGUGCACCUGGAUCAGGUCUACCUACCCCAGGCGCACCUUCUGCAUCAGAGCGGGCAUCUGCUGCCCUUGCAGCGUAUGUGAGGUCUUCCCUGCUUGCGGGCAUUGCACCCACUGUCACUGCUGCUGCUGGUGCUGCUGCUGGCGGAGAUGGUGGUGAUGGUUUUGGUGGUGGUGGUGCGGAUGGUGGUGGUGGGGGGAGGAUGGUGGGGAUGACGGUGCUGCGCCACGUGGCGGAUGGCGAUUGGCUGCUGCUCAACCGCACGCCCUCGCUGCACAAGCAGAACCUCAUGGCGUUCCGCGUGCGCCGCGUGCCCGCUGCUGUCUCCGCCAACGCGCUCCUGCUCAACCCCCAGGUGUGUGCAGCGAUAGCAGGGGACUUUGAUGGCGAUGAGGUGAAUGUGUUCACGGUGCAGCAGAGCGCCGUGGCAGCAGAGGCAGCAGAGCUCAUGUCUGUUGACAAACAGCUCUUCCCAUCGCUCCCCCUUCCCUCGCUCCUCCCUCCACCACUCUCUCCUCCUCCUACUCUCACGCCUCCUACUCCUACCUCUCCCCCUGCACCUUCCCCUCCCCUCUCGCCUGGUCCCUCGACGGCUCGUCCCGCUGCCACCACAGCAGCAGCUGCUGCUGCUGCUACCUCCUCCCGUUCUACCUGUUGCUCUUGCCACUCCUCCUCCCGCUCCUCCUCCUCUUCUCCUCACCCGCACGCUCCCCACCACGACCCAGCAGUCAUGUCCCUUCAGCAGGACGCGCUGCUGGGUCUGCACCUCCUCGCCUCCCCUCCCCCCUCUUCCCAAUCGCUCUUCCUCUCCCGCCCAGACGCCACCCAGCUUGCCCUUCAUGCAUGGGAGGGAAUGGGGAUGGUGACUGGGGGAGGGGGACAGGGGGAUGGCUGGGAUUGGAGAAGCAGGCGGGGACUGAGGGGUGGAAGAGGGGGGAGAGGGGGGGCGGGAGGGGGAGGGGAUGCUGCUCUCCACCGUCAUCCCGCCCUCCCUCUGCUUUCAGCACCGCCAUUGCGGCGUGCGGGUCCAUCAGGGGGAGGUGGUAUUUUGCCUGCUGCUGCCGGUGCCUCCUCUGCUUUCCGUGACCUGCCUGCUUCCACCUCUAACUCCCCUUCUGCUCCUCCUCCUUCCCCUGCUCCGCCGCUCUUCUCGCGUGCUUCGCCCUUGUUCCCGCGGGGCAAUGCGGUGAGGGAGAUGGUGGGGGCGGGCAGCAAGGGCUCGCCCAAGGUGAUUGCCCAGCAGGUGCAGCCGCAACACACAGAGAUGCCCCACUGCCCGACCCACUCCCUGCCCCAUGCUCCUCAUGUCCUCGAUCCGAUCCAGCUAAAGCUCUUUGCUCCAAAACAGUCACUUAUCAAAGGCCCUGCCAACUCUAUCCAUUCCCCUACUCAUGCCCCUGCUGGUGCCCCUUCUCCUGCUCAUGCCCCUGUUGACCCCCCUGCUGAUUCCUCUUCUCCUGCUCAUGCCCCUUCCCAAGGCUUGGGGCUAGGCUUAGCCCGAGGCUCCCUCCUGACGGGGCUUUCGGCUCGAGAGCUAUUCCGGGCCGCAGCUUCGGCCAGGCCUGCGUUGGUUGCCGAGGCUACGAGCGUGGCUCGGCCGGGUGAGCUUUCCAGAAAGCUGAGGGAAACGCUUAGGGAUAUCGUGGUGGGAUAUGAUGGGUCUGCGAGGAUUGGAGGAGGAGUGGGAGGAAGAGGGGGGGGAGGGAAGGGAGGGAUGGUGGUGCAACUGUCAUAUGGACGGUUGGGGGUGGAGGAGGGGGGAGAGGGCGGGGAAGGGGGCGAGGAGAGGGAGGAGGAAAGGCGGGGAGGUAAAUCUGGGAAAGGAAAGAGUGGGAGCGGCAAGGGAAAGGGGAAGGGCAAGGUGGGCGAGAAGGGCAAGGAGAAGGGAAAGGAGAAUGUGGAAGGGAAGAAGCGGGGUGGGAGGAGUGAGGUGGUGGAGCAAGGGGGUGCAUGGGCGGAAGCAGGGGAUGCAGUGGGGAUGGCAGCGGCGCAAGCAGUGUCGGCACCGGCCACACAGAUGGUGCUCAACGUGGGCCAUGACGGCGUGCAUGGUGGCGCCUCGUCCCUCAUUGCACGGCUAGAGCGCCUUCUCUACGCAACUGACUCCUCUCCGACAGCCCUGCUGCGGUUCCUCCCUGCUCAUGCCACACCUCCUGCCACCGACAACACAGCCGGCUCUGCACACCUACCUGCUGCUGCUGCUGCUGCAGCGGCUGACUGUCGGUUGGCGCUGGCAACGCAGGGUCGGCUGCUGCCUCUGCGUGUCAGGCAGCUUGCCUCUCAUGUCAUGAUCGAGUACCGGAGAAGGGAGCUGAGGCGGUGGGAUGAGGGAGUGCAAGCAAGUGAAGCGAAAGCAAGGAGUGAGAGGGAGAAGGAGAGGCAGAGACAGCAGGAGGAUUCAGAAGCAAGGCUGCAGCAGGGGGGAGGUGGAAGGGGCAGGAAGAGAGGAAGAGACAGACAGGGAGGGGAGAGAGGGAAGGGAGGGGCAGGAAACGGGAGGAGGGGGGGUGGGAGAGGAUGGGAGGAGGAGAGGGCAGGAGUGAAGGAGGCUUGCUGGCGGGUGCACAUUCGGCUGUCAGAGGACGCAGUAGCCAAGGCAUUCGCUUGCCUGCCAGCGUCUCGCUUCCCUGAUCCUCCUGACACCAUCCAUCAAGCCGUGAAGGCGACUGUCCAAUCACAUCUGGACACGUGGCACUUCGAAAAGACGGGGAAGGCGUGUGGGGCAGGGGACCUAGUGCAUCUGAUGCAUGUGGACAUCAGGUCCCGCUGUCUGCUCCCAACCUGCCGUGACCCCACCAAUUCUGCCUCCCAGGGCGCCUGUGUGCACGUGGUGCUCGCUCGACCUGCCCUCAAAGGCCUGGCUCGUAGGGAUAGAGGGCGGGAGGGGAGAGGCGCUGGGCGAGAGGAGGAGGCGGAGGAGGGAGGAGAGGAGGAGAGCAAGUGGGGGGCGCUGUUUGAUUUGGAGGCGUUGAGAGAGGUGGUUGUGCCAAGUGUGCUCAGCACACUGGUUGCAGGUGAUCUGCUUCAUAUUUUCUUUCUUAUAACGCUAAAAGGCGCCCAGCAAAAGGAGGGUGGGUGGGGGGCGCUGUUUGAUUUGGAGGCGUUGAGAGAGGCGGUUGUGCCAAGUGUGCUCAGCACAGUGGUUGCAGGUGAUCUGCUUCAUAUUUUCUUUCUUAUAACGCUAAAAGGCGCCCAGCAAAAGGAGGGUGGGUGGGGGGCGCUGUUUGAUUUGGAGGCACUGGGGGAUGUGGUUGCGCCGAGUGUGCUCAACACACUGGUUGCAGGUGAUCUUGACGGCAUCGACUGGGCCAAGAGCCGCCCGGAGGGAUUGCAGCAGGUGGCAGAGUCGCUUGGCAUCGAAGCUGUUCGCUCUGUGUUGUUUCACCGUCUGUGUGAGCUGAUGAAGGAAGCAGGGGCGAAGGUGCCUCUGCGCCAUCUCACGCUGGUAACGGACUGGAUGACUGUCACAGGCGCCCUCCAGGGCGUGUCCUUUGCUGCCCUCGCCUCCCACCCUGCCUCUUCACCCUUCCUCCGGGCAUGUGUCAAGGACCCUGUUCGUACAUUCACGUCAGCAGCCAUCCAGCACGCGUCUGACAGCCUGGCGAGCGUCGUUGCCAGCGUGGCGGCCGGCAAGCCCAUGCCAGCUGGCACCGCCGCCCCGUGCUUCGAUUUGAUCCUCCACGACCCACUUCCCCCUCCUCCUCCGGGCCCUGUUCCUGCUGCUACAGCCGCUGCUGCUGCUGCGGCUGCUAGAGCUGGUGCUGUUGAUGCUGCAGCUGCUGGUGCUGGUGGGUGGGGUGGUGCUGCUGCUGCUAGUGGAUGGGGCGGUGGGGGUGCUAGUGGCUGGGGGGUGGGUGGGGAUGCUGCUGCUGUUGCUGGUGAUGGGGGAUGGGGCAGCGGAGGAGGAGGGGAUGGGGGAUGGGGGGGAGGAGGUGGGGAUGGUGGUGGGUGGGGAGGAAGCGGAGGUGGAGGAGAGGGGGGAUGGGGCACGGGUGGAGACGGAGAGGAUGGUGGUGCAUGGGGGAAGGGUGAAGAGAAAGAGAGGGGGGGUUGGGGCACGGGGGGAGAGGAAGGGGAUGGUGGUGCUUGGGGGAAGAGCAGUGAGAAAGAGGGGGGAGGUUGGGGCACGUGUGGGGGUGGUGAUGGUGGUGCUUGGGGGAAGAAUAAAGAGAACGAAGGGGGUGGAUGGGGCACGGGAGGAGGGGGAGGGGAUGGUGGUGGGUGGGGGGCUAGUGGAGAGAAAGAGGGGGGUGGAUGGGGCACGGGAGGAGGGGGAGGGGAUGGGGGAGGGGGAGGCGGGUGGGGGAGAAUUGGAGGGGAGGAGGGUAAAUGGGGGGAUGGAGGGUCGAAAGAGGGAGAGAAGGAGGGAGGAGGCUGGGGAGAUGCAGAUGGGGAGAAAGGGGGAUGGGGGAAAGCGACGGGGAAUGAAGGAGGUGCAUGGGGGAAAGAGAAGGAGGCGGAAGGAGGUGCAUGGGGGAAAGAGAAGGAGGCGGAAGGAGGUGCAUGGGGGAAAGAGAAGGAGGCGGAAGGAGGUGCAUGGGGGGGAUGGGGGGAGGCAGAAGGGGAAUCAGGGAAGGGCGGAUGGGGCGAGGCAAAGGUAACUGGGGAGGGCAAGGAAGGUGGGGGAUGGGAUGCAGUGGGAGGGAGUGUGCGAGAGCAAGACAGUGAGAGAGGAGGGGAGGGAGGAGGGGAGCGAGGAGGAGAGGGAGGGUGGGAGGGAGGAGGGCGUGAGAGGUGGCAGGGUGGGCGGGGGAGGGGAAGGGGACGGGGCCGAGGGGGAAGAUGGGGGGGAGAGGGGGAUGGGGAAGGUGGUAAAUCCUGGGGACGGGGAGAGGGGGGCAGAGGCGGAGGAAGAAGAGGGGGAGGUUAUGGGGGAGGGGGGAGCAGGAGAGGAGGCGGUGCUUGGGGGGGUGACAGCACGGAACAUGAGGGGAGGCAUACGCACGGAUGGGGGCAAGGAACGGGGCAGGGAGGGGUGGAAGAAAGGGAGGAGGAAGGAGGGUGGGAAGAGGAGGAAAGGUGGGAGGGAGAGGAGGAGGCGGUGCACGAGGCUGCGCUGGCAGAGCUGCUGUGCAUGGGGGGGGGUGGCGGGCAGGGGGGCAGGGGGAAGGGGCGGCGGCGGUUCAGGCUGGGACGGUGGGGCACGGUGGAGCCCCUUUGGGGUGGCAGGAGAGUGCGAGGGCGAGAGGGGGGUGAGCGGGAGGGAUGGGCCUCAGGGGUUGAUGCUGCUGCUGCUGCUGCUGACGGUUCCGGUGCUGGUGGUGGUGGUGCUGCUGCUGGGAAGGAAGAGAGAGGCGGAUGGGGUAGUAAUGAGAAUGGCGGUGGAGGGUGGGGGAGAGAGGGGAAAGGGAAAGGAGAGGAUACAGCAAAGGAGGUGGCAGGGGCAGGGUGGGGAGGUGUGGGGGAAGGUGAGGGAGCGUGGGGCAAUGGGGGGGAUGCUUGGGGGAAAGAGGCCGCAGGAGGGGGUGGUAAGGGGGGAGAGGGCGCAGGGGCAGGGUGGGGAAAUGCGGAGGGAGGAGUUGGAGGGUGGGGCGGCGAUCAAGGGGAAAAGGGAGGUUGGGGGGCGGGAGGAGAAGGGGAGAGCGCAGGUGGAUGGGGGAAAGCAGGAGGAGAAGGAGAGGGUGAGGGAGGAGUUGGAGGGUGGGGCAGUGAUCAGGCACAGAAGGGAGGGUGGGGGGCGGGAGGAGAAGGGGAGAGUGCAGGUGGAUGGGGGAAAGCAGGAGGAGGAGAAACGGGUGAGGGCGGAGGAGGAUGGGGGAGCGCAGGGGAAAAGACGAAUGAGGGUGGGGGGGCAUGGGGGAGCGCAGGGGGCGGAAAGAGUGAGGGUGGGGGAGCAUGGGGCAAAGCGGUGGGGGAAAGAAGUGAGGGCGGAGGAGCAUGGGGCGAUGCAGGGGGGAAAAAGAGUGAGGGUGGGGGAUCAUGGGGCGCCACAGGAGCGCCCUCUCUCGCUCACCAGCACAAGCCCAGGCGCAAUCUCAAGCGCAAGACCAAUCAUUCCCACACGCCCGACCACCCCAUGUACUACCGGCCCCGCCGCCACAUCCACCCGCUUCUCUGCACCGACCUGCCCCUGUCACAGUUUCUUCUGGGGUCCCUGCUGGGAAGGCUUUUGGGUACCAACGCCUCUCCUCCUCCUCCACCCCUUCAUCUUCCCCCUCCUCCUCCACAUAUGGCCGCCUCCCUGGCCUCGUCCUUGUCACAGCACCCGACAGCCAUGCUGCCGGGUCUGCACCCCUCCUCUCUGCCUGUCUUCCUUGACCGAUGCGGACAGAAAGCAGAGCAGAGGGCAGAAGGGGCAGAGGGGGCAGAGAGGGCAGGAGGGGCAGAAGGGAAGGCAGGGAGGGCAGAAGAGAGGGGAGAAGUAGGGGCAGUAGAGAAGGGAGAAGAAUGGGCAGAAGGGAAGGCAGAAGAAGGGGCAGAAGAGAGGGCAGAAGGGGCCGAUAGGAGGGCAGAGGCGGGAGAAGCGAGGGCAGAGGGGGGACAAGAGGUGACAGCGGAAGGGGCAGUGAGGCGGCAGGCGUGGGAGCUGCUGCACGUGAGGUACCAACCGGGGGAGGCGCUAUCUGGGGAGGACUCGGAGUUUGUUGUAAGCAAGCUGCUACGGCACCACCCCAGAGCGCAGGAGAAGAUGGCUGCUGGCGUGGCGGCAAUCAAGGUGGACCAUCAUCCGGACCACCCAAACACCACCUGUUUCUUCAUCGUCCACCCUGCUGCCGACACCAUCGUCCAUCCUCCUCCCCUUCUUGACUCAUCCCACGAGCCAGCAGACAACUCUUCCAGAUUGUCUCCUGUCGUCGCUCCUGCCUCCCCUUCCCGGCCGUCUCCGUCCGCACUACCUACCUCCCUUCCCCCUGCUUCCCCUUCCACGCUCCCUGCCUCUCCUCCACCCCAGCCUUCCCAGCCAACCAACUUUCCGGCUGUGUCCCCUCCUCCGCCCUCACUCCCUCCUCCUCCUCCCCCGUCCAUUCCCACUCCUCCGAUUCUCCCGUCUUCUCCUCCUGCUCCUGCCGUUCCCGCCUCUCCUGCAUGCUCGGAUUUCUCUUACAACAAGUGUCUGCUGGGUUUGGCAGCUUCCAUGGGUAUUCCUCUCUCUGACCUGGGGUGGAGCCGCAUGGAGGCGCAGCAGCAGCGCAGGGCGGAUACGCCUCGUGGCACACCGAUUGACAGCCCCCACCAUGCGCCAAGUGAGUGA